GUUCCAUGACCAACCUUUUUAUCAUGAAUCUUGCUAUUAGCGAUUUUAUCAUCAUGAUUGUCUGCGUUCCUGACAUUAUCCAAUUUAUGGAAAAUAAUGGCUGGCAACUUGGUCUAACUUCCUGCAAGAUCAUCCGCUUUUCAGAGGUUUCGGCUCUGUACGCCUCCGUGAUGACUUUAGUCAGUGUCUGUGUUGAAAGAUAUGUGGCAAUCAUUCACCCAAUAAGAGCUCACCUCUUGUGCUGUCGUGGACGAAUUAUUCUAUCAAUAACCGUCAUCUGGCCAUUGGCCAUGAUCUUUGCCUCCCCGAAUCUAAUCUUCCAUGUUUUGCUGCCCGUUGCACCUGGUUUCAAACCUUGUGUUGUCAAGUUAAGCCGAGUUAACUUCCUGGUGUUUAAGUACCUGGAAUUCACAGUCUUCUAUUUGAUCCCUUUACUAAUUCAGAUUGCCCUGUACAUCGGGAUUGGUCGACGACUUUUCCGACCUGAGAUGUUCCAGUCCGUAGAGCCAGUAGUCAGGAGAGACAAUCUGGUCGUGACCAUGAAUGCUAGACGUGGAGUUGUCAAGAUGCUAAUUGCUGGGGUUUCCGUUUACUUCAUCAGCCUCUCCCCCCAUCAAGUAUUACUUUUUUACAACACUUUUUCCCAAACCCCUUUUCAAGAGACUUGGACCUACCUGAUAUUUGUUAAUAUCAUGGCCUACGCUUCAUCUGCCUGUAAUCCACUACUUUACAGCAUUUUCAGCCUGAAAUUUCGGGAAAAAUUUCGCACCAUUCUGUUUUGUCGUAAGGAAAGUGUCCGGGAACCGUCUCGCACAUUAACCGUUUUUGGCCAACGUAAUAGAAAUUUUAAUAAAAGCGUUAAAACAGAUCAGACUGAUCUUUGAGAAAUCUUUGUCUGGCUAAGAGCUCUCCAGAAGGACUAGUGGACGACGG